AUGUUGCAACAACAGACAAUAAGCGGCAAGUUGCCGUUGGGCAAGCGUGCUCAGUUACUGGCCAAAAAGCAUUGGUGGAAAAUCUGUCUGCCACAAAGUCACAACGAGGCAGCCAAAAAUUAUCGCGAGAUUAUUGUGCGCACCGAGCUUCCGCCUGCAGCCAUCACCGACAGCAGCAGCAGCGGCAGCAGUGGCACAAUAACAAACAGCUGCUCCUGCCCAGACAGCGUCUCCAAAAGCUCCCAGGCAGACGUCAGCAAGUUGUUCCCUCGCAACAUGCCAAGCAUUCGACGCAGUCGACGUCGUGCCCCACCCAAUGCCCAACAAACAACGCAGCAACGUUCCGACUCCGCCUCCGCCUCUGCAGAGCGCAGCAUUGUGCCGAGUCAGGCACCGGCUGUGACGCCUGUUCAGCAAUCACGUCUCUCCAAGGUGACCAGACUAACGCCUAAGAAAGUGAAAGCUUCGUGCUCGAAAAAUCGCACAGCUCCUACUGGAGCAACAACAACAACAAUUGCUGCAUCCUGCGCCUCUUCAGCCCUCAAAUCAGCGCCACCCAUUAAGGCGGCCAUCAAGACCAAAACGAAGCCAAAGCAAUUGAAGCUAACACUAGCUCCCUGCGACAUUUCAUUGGAGCUGCCAGCAGAAAUUUCAUCACAAGCUCCAGCCCCCACCUUGGCCAUGGCCCUGCACUCGCAGCAAUCGAGCUUGAUUAGCUACGAUUUGAGUCGAUCGACGAGCCGUCAAAGCUGUUGCCAUCAGCCAGUGGCCAACAAGCUCAGCAGCGAUGACAACUUUCAUUCGUCGGGCAUCUCGUGCAACGGCGAGACUGACGAUGAUGUGGAGGUGGCCAUGCUGACGGGCAGUCUAACUGCUGCCCAGCUGGCGCGACUCGAGGGUGAAAAGAGUUUGCUGCCCUUCAGCGAUUUGCGCAAUUUGAAUAUGUGCCGCAAUCGGAGCACGGUUUGGUUGCAGGUGCCAAAUACUCGCAGCAGUAAGGCGAGUGAUGUGGAACGUCUGCUGGAGUCUAGGGAAACUGCAGCAGCAGCAACAGCACGGGAGGAUGAAGAGGCAACAACGCACUGCUACCUCAAUGCAGCAAUUGCAGAUGAUAUACAAUUAAGCGAUAUUGAAGAACAAUUGGCCAAGUUUGAUGGCGGCUUACAGUCAAAGCCACCGCCACCGCCAUCACCAUCACCACCACGCAUCACUUUCUCGAAUCAGUCAGUCGGCAAAUACAAGCCCACGCCAGCACCACGCCACACUCACAACAUGCAACAGCCAAGCAGUUAUUACACACAGACGGAGAGCGAGCUGUUGCACCUGGAGGCUGGAGGUGCGGCCCCCUAUCAGCAACAACAGCAGCAACAGCCACAACAAACCACUAGCAGCAACGCGAACAAUUUGGAUGCACAGUCGGCCGCCAGCAGCAGCAAUGGUGGUGGCAGCAACGGCACGCCCUCCCACUUUGUGUCCCCAAUGCAGCGUCGCCACUGCCAGCCGCCCUCGCACCUGCCCCUGAACUCGGUCUCCUCGCCGCUGCGCACCGCCAACUACAAAACGGCCGCCUCGGUCAGCGUCUACCAUCACAGCCAUCACCAGCAACUGGACUUUCAGCGCAAUUCGCAGUCGGAUGACGACAGCGGCUGCGCUCUGGAAGAGUACACGUGGGUGCCGCCGGGUCUGCGACCGGAUCAGGUUCGCUUGUACUUCAGCCAACUGCCCGACGACAAAGUGCCCUACGUCAACAGUCCGGGCGAGAAGUAUCGCGUGAAACAAUUGCUGCACCAGCUGCCGCCGCAAGAUAACGAAGUGCGCUACUGCCAUUCGCUGAGCGACGAGGAGCGGAAGGAGCUGCGCAUUUUCUCGGCACAACGCAAACGCGAAGCGCUCGGACGCGGAGCCGUUCGUCUGCUGUCCGACGAGAGGCCCUGCAAGGGUUGCGAGGAGCAGCUCUCGGCCGGUGACAUUGUGGUCUUUGCCCAGCGUUUGGGCGCCCAAGUGUGUUGGCAUCCCGGCUGCUUUGUCUGCAGCGUGUGCAAGGAGCUGCUGGUGGACCUAAUAUAUUUCCAGCGCGAUGGAAACCUCUACUGUGGUCGCCAUCAUGCCGAGACGCAGAAGCCGCGUUGCUCCGCAUGCGAUGAGAUUAUCUUCUCGGAUGAAUGCACCGAGGCUGAGGGCCGCACCUGGCAUAUGAAGCACUUUGCCUGCCAUGAGUGCGAGCAUCAGCUGGGCGGCCAGCGGUACAUUAUGCGGGAUGGAAAGCCCUACUGUCUGGGCUGCUUCGACACCAUGUUCGCCGAGUACUGCGACUAUUGCGGCGAGGUCAUUGGGGUGGAUCAGGGCCAGAUGAGUCAUGAUGGCCAGCACUGGCAUGCGACAGAUCAGUGCUUUUCGUGCUGCACGUGUCGCUGCUCCCUGCUGGGUCGGCCCUUCCUGCCGAGGCGCGGCACCAUUUACUGUUCCAUAGCGUGCAGCAAGGGCGAACCGCCAACGCCGUCGGACACCAGCUCAGGAUCACAGCUGCGACCCACACAUCGCGCUUCCACCUCCAGUCAGAUUGCGCGCUCUCCACGUCGCAACGGCGAGUCCAGUGGGCGUGGCAAGAGCGCAAAGGCCAUGGGCAGUGCGGGCGACUUGCUGGAGCGGCAGGAGCGCAAACGAAUGGAAGCGGCAGGAGUAGCAGGUUUAUUAUUGGGCGGCGGUGUGCCAGGCAUACCCCGACCCGCGCACCCUCCGCCCAUCGACCUGACCGAGCUGGGCAUCAGCUUGGAUAAUAUUUGUGCCGGCGACAAGUCGAUUUUUGGUGACACUCAGCUUACGUCUUCCAUGCCGGAUAUGCUGGUGUCCAAGGCAGAGGAUUCGCACAGCUAUCAGAGCAUAGACAAGAUCAACUUGAACUCGCCGAGCGUCUCGGAUAUGACGCAGAGCACCCAAGAGCUGGCCAACGAGCUGGAGCUGGACAACGAACCAGUGCGCGAGCUUCCACACGAUGGGUACGAGCAGCUCUUUGCCAGCAAACAGCGUCACAAUCGCAACUGCAACAAUGACAAUGAUCAUCAAGAUGACGAUGACGAUGAUAAUGCCGAUGCGGAGAGGCAGCCGCAGGAUGCAGGACAGCUGGACAAUCGGCCGCUGAAGGAGGUACGAUUUCACAGCGUGCAGGACACCAUGUCCCGCUCAAAGAGCUACACCGACAACUCGAAUGCGCGGCGGCGUCGCCGAAGACGCAACCAAUCUCGCAGCUCCUCAGAGAUGCAAAUCAACCAGACCAAUCUGCGGCUACACAAUGCGCAGACGCAGGCAGGCAGCGGUGCACUGAAUCUGCUGAACAAUCUGGACAACUGCGAUGUGGCCAGCAUAUGCUCGACUUGCUCCUCCAGCUCCUCCAGCGACAUGGACGACUAUGUCUAUCGACUGCCCGCCCGCAAACAUUACGGAGGGGUUCGGGUGGCCUACGUUCCCAAUGACGCACUCGCCUACGAGCGCAAGAAGAAGCUGGCCCUAGCCGGGGACCUGGGUGGCAUGAGCUCAAGUGUGGGUCCCAUCGCACACGCCAGCGUCUCGACGGUUCUGCAUGAGAGCAAGAACUGCACCAUAUCAUGACCACCUCCCAUUUUGCCACCGCCGCCACUGAA